AUGGCCCCAGAUCCUGCCCAUGUUUUCUACAUCGUAUCUUCAAUUUUUGAUGUUAUAUUUCUGUUGAUAUCUCCCAUUAGAUUAUGGAAAUUGCGUGGCUCGGCAUUCAAAAACCCCCUAAGCUGGCAAGGACUCUGUAAGGCCGCUCUGGGGGUAUUGCUCGCGGCCAUAUUGACCUUACGCUGGAUUGAACUCUCAGGCCUAGUUGUUCAGCAAAAGGCCGGGUAUCUAGGCGCACUGUGUCUGAGCCUGCUCCUACUUCAGGAGCAACGACUGUCUGAUAGAGCCUCAGAUCCUACUACGCUAUACCUUCUCGCAUCCACACUGUGCGACGUCAUUAUACUAGCUGCUCCAUCCAGCAUCUCCAGACAUGUACACACCUCACGCACGAUAUUUUCUCGCAGUGGGAAAAGCACCCUACUUUCAACGCUUCUACGGCUCCUCGAGCUGGAGUCUGGCAAUAUCGAGCUAGAUGGCGUUGAUAUCAAGACGGUGAAACUAGAUCUUUUACGACAACGGUGCUUCAUCGCUGUAUCUCAAGACCCCUUGCUUUUGCCAAACGAGACCUUACGCUUCAACUUGGACCCGGAUGGUUUAGUCACCGACGGCGCUCUUAUUGAUGCAUUAACGGAGACGGGCCUAUGGGCACGUUUCUUCGAGGGCAACCGAUUAUUGGAUGAAGAGGGAGCCACUAUCAUCGAUAUAUCAGAAGACUCUGAUAUACACCCGAUCUUACAUCGCAAACUCUCGCUGUCCCAGGACCUCUCCGUGGGGCAGUGUCAACUAUUUGCACUUUGCAGGGCCCUUGUCAAGUCCAGGUUCUUACGGAGUGCUGGACUGAAGCCUGUCAUUCUCCUGGAUGAAGUCACAUCCUCCCUUGAUGCAGAUACGGAAGCCACUGUCUAUCAGAUUGUUGGCAGUGAGUUUACCAAGAAUGGUCACACUGUUAUUAUUGUUGCUCAUAGACUGGUUGCCUUGGAGACGUACAUGGAAUCUGGGCGAGAUGCUGUGGCACUAAUAGCAGACGGUAGAUUGCACGAGGUGAUUUAA